AUGCCUUCACCUCCAAAGCCGCCUAGCACUCGGCCAUUAAAGCCAGCCAAGGAAGCCCCAGCCGCAAAGUCACCGUCGGCGAAGAAAAAGUCCUCAAGCGUCAGAGUCUCGGCAGCCUGUGAGGCAUGCAAGAAGCGAAAAACCAAGUGUUCAGGGGGACCGUCACCUUGCCAGCUUUGCGAAACGCUCGGGACUGACUGUAUCAUCGACCUGUCUCUCGACAUGAGACGGAAAGCGGCGUUUCAGCGGACGAUAGAUGAAUCGAGAAACUAUCAGGAUGCGCUGAAUACUCUGCUCGAUGCGAUUCGGGAAGGGCCGUCGCAGCGACUUGAGGCUUUGUUCGACUACGUCAGGAGCGGUGCCACGAACCAGGAGAUCACGGUCGCAGUGCAACACCAGCUGAUCCAUGCCGGGGAUGAAGACGGAGAUGAAACCAUGUCAUCACAGGCCGAUGGCGUCGACUCGGUCCUGGAGGACAUCAAACCUGGCAAAAGCCCAGCCGACAUGUCCAGUUUCGGCUCCGAUUCUGGCAGGGGCAGGCCGGCGUAUCCAGGACCCAUACCGAUCUCGACACUGCUCUCCUCGUUGAAAAACUGUUCCGAAUCUCAAGGAGAGGCGAUCCUGCGACAAUUCCUAGCGUUCAAGGCGGGAGGGAAACCCAGCCUGCCGAGUCAAUUGGCCGAUGGCAGAAGCCCUGGAGAGGUAACAGGCGCUGGUUUCACGCACUUUGAGCCUCCGUCGAGACGGUUUUCCGAAGGAGGCCCACCUCCCAGCGACCAUUCCCAAGCGCUCCACUCAGACUCGCCAUCGCCGGCGACAGGCCUCUCGAGACAGAGCUCCCGAUACCCAAUGCUCAACACGGACAUCUCGUUGAGUGCAUUGACAGUCGCGUCAUCACCAGCAACGCCGUAUUUGGAGCUGGUCACCAACUUUCCAACCGGCCAAGUGCGACAGAACGAAUGGGAUCUGUGUGUGGCCCAGGAGGAUCACGUCACGAGGCUCCGCAUCCCCCGGCAUCUCAUCCUACCGCUCGUGGUACCUGACGACUCACCGAUGAGCCGGACGUACACCGACUACCUGUUCGGGGCUCGACGCAUGCUCGAAAGCGGCGUCCCGGCGUCCGACGUCCUGGGCCACUCGGACCGCGUCGCCGUCGACCUGUUCUUCCGCCCUCGCCGGGCGAACGACAAGUUCGACUGCGCUUCGUGGGCGUGCGAGGUCUCCCGGAGCUAUGAUACCGACGUCUUCGUCCGGUUGGCUACGGCUUGUUUGCUCACACAUAUGAUGCGAUGGCAUUUAGUACCUACACAGGAGAAUUAUCAAAGAAUCCCAGACAUGAUGAAGCCGACACCAACACAGUGCAUGAUCCCGCACAUUGGUGCCAUUGAGACGAUACCCUUACCUCCUGUGAGAGAUGCGGCCAUCAACAAACUUCGCGAUUGGCUCACCCCGCUGAUCGAGGCAGAAUGGAGCGUCAAUUGGCCUCAUUCCGUCGAGAUGGCCGUCGAGCGUGACUCAUUGACGGGCGCCACGGUAUUGACGCAACGAUUCCACGAGCAUGUGACCCGAUACGACAACUGGAGUGUGGCGGGACGAUUCCUGAUUGCGUUCCCAGAGGUCGCCGGGCAGAUCAGGCUACACGAGGACGGGUGA